UCGGCCAUUUUUGUUUUGAUGAGAGAAGAUUGCGAGAUUUGUCGAAUUUAUGAAGAUAUAUCGUUAUAAAAAUAGACGGAUUUCAUUGUAAUACCCACACUAGAGUAAUCAAGUGCUAUWAACUAAAGAAAGAMGGYUUACUAUUGCCAACUGGAAUCGUGAAUGCUGUUGCUAUGUUGUUGUGAUCGUUGUUGGGGUGGAUUUCAAUCUUCGAUGUUCUGGGAGUAUUUGUAUGGACAUUUUCGUGGAGUAUUAAUGGACARUCCUCUGAACAAUUAUUGCUGGAAUAAUUAUUCUCACGGAGAAAAGUUUUGACGAAGAAGAAAAUGGUAUUUCAAAAUUAUGCGCAAAURAUUAUCAAGGAAACCCUUGGUGUAUGCUAAAUUUUUAAAUAACGGUAACAGCAAAACAACUGCCAAUCUUUUGAAGACGUGGAACAAUAUUCAAGCUUUUAACAACAGGUUCAAGUAAACUUGCAGAUAGSUUUAYAAUCAUAAUUACURGAUUACCAUGAAGGGAGUUCUUCAACCUGAUUUUGCUGUUACUGGAAAUUCAAGUUCAAGACAUGAACGACCAGGAAGUGGAUCCAGGCGACCCCAGAGACGUCAUCAGGACCCAGGAACACUAGGCAAUAGCAAGGCUAACAUAUUUGGGACAUCGGAACCCCCCAAACAAUCCCAUAGUUCACCUGUAGUCUCUAAUACUGAAAGUGGUAGUAGUACAUAUUAUUAUAAUACGCCUGAAGCACCUCGGGAUGAGUUGAAGGAGAAGGCUUUAAAAGAAAAAGAACUAAGAAAUAGAGAGUACUGGGACCAACCUAUGGACGUGACAGUUCAUCAAAGCCCCAAAGGAAAGGGAAGACGAUCGGCACCUCAAGGUGUUCCUCAACUAAAUCUUGGUAACCUAGAGGAUGGUACCAACAAGCUUGUUCAUCGUAUUGAUCCAGAACCUCAUUUACAUACACCAGAUAGUGCAAGAAGUGAUGUGAGCUGGGGAACACCAUUGCAUAGUUCUAGACAAGUUGCUGUGGGUAAAAAUCAAAAGCCACGUGAACCACGAUUCAAGGAUGAACAAGAAAGGAAUCCCAGCAUACAAUCACCAUUAUCCAAGAGGCCAGAUGGCAUGCCUGCACUUGACUUACAGUCAUCUCAAGAUGAUGAACAUGCAUUUAGGGCUGCAAGAGAUUUUAACCCAAAGCAAGUGCCAAGUGACCCAUUCAGUGGUAAACAUGGCAGGCCUUGGAGUACUGACCCUAAGAGUGAACAUCAAUACAUGAAACAAAGAGCAAGAGCAGAACAAGAACAGUUGUACUCGGAUAAGAAAAAGGAUUACAUUGUAGAAACAGUUAUGGUAGAUCAACUAUCCAGAGCAGCAAUAUCCGAUCCUGAAGCAGUAGGGCCUGAGAACUACUCUAUCAACCUUGGAGCAAGAGACAGAAAAAAUAAAGAAUUCUAUAAUACAAGAGCUGUUCAAUCRCCGGGCAAGUCAGAGAAUCUUCUUGCUAAGAGAGUAAGGUUUGGAGCAAGACUUGUGACCAAGAAUGGACAUGACAUUCACAGAGAACUCAACGGUUUCUAUUUUCUUGCCGAUAACACUUUAACUGUUUAUGAAUUCAGRCAGUUUGGCACAAGGUCUUCAGCUUUGCCAUUCAUACUAAGAGGUUGUUACAGUCAUGUGUAUGGGCAGAGAAAGGGACAACUGUAUUCAUUAAAAGAUAUUAGCAUAGGCCAAAGUAUUUCAUUUGUGACAGCCAAUCAGAAUACAUUGCCUCAGAGUGUCAGUAUGAAGCCAGUCGUUACUCUAAGAAUCACUGAUGUUGAUGAAGAAGCAAAGGAAAGGUUACUCUAUGAUGGAUGCCAUUCUGCUCAGCAAAGAAGAAUGGUCAAUGAUAAACUCGCUGCACCUCCAACAGAACAAGAACUAAAAGAGAGGCAAAUGAUUGAAAGUAUUCAAGGAGAAGUAAGAAAACAGCUUAGGAACAGRGCGGUCAAGACWAUGAUGGGAUUAGGACGACAUUUUAAGCAGUUGGAUAAAUCAGGUGAYGGGAUGCUGGAUAAAGAUGAACUUAUGGCAGCUUUACAAAGAUAUCACCUACAGGUUCCACAACAGGCUUUUGAGGAAUUAUGGAGACUGCUGGAUGUAAAUAGGGAUGGUGCRUUAGACUAUGGUGAAUUUGUUCGAGGAUUCAUUGGUGAGAUGAAUGAAUCUAGAAAAGCAUAYGUUAGAAAGGUGUUUCAUAAACUUGAUCCAAGUAAAACUGGUGUAGUUGAACUAAACAACAUCAAAAAGUUUUUCUCAGCACAUAAACAUCCUAGAGUCUUAUCAGGUGAAAUGAGAGAUAAAGAGGUUGMCUCUGCUUUCUUGAGCUCCUUUGAUAAUUGUGAAAACAAAGGGGAAGUUACUUAUGGGGAGUUUGAGGACUACUAUGAAGGUGUUAGUAUUGCUAUUGACAGUGAUCAAGAAUUCAUUGCUAUGAUGAAGAACUGCUGGGGAUGUUAGCAAGGUCAUGGUGCUGUAAUAGACUCUCGGACCCUYAACAUAGUUGAGUGAGUUUGGUUGAAGUACUGUGUGUUUUGAUAUUAGCAAUCUCAUCAAAACAUCUAUUAGAAUCAGAGUAGUUCACCAUAGCAAGCAAGCAAUAAUUGCUACCCUGGCUGGGGGAGUGUUCAAAGCCCGAUUAGUUGUAAUCCGGGGUUAAUUCCAUAGGUUUUGUAAGAGUUAACCCAGGAUUAGCAGUAAUCAAACUUUGAACCAUGAUAUAAUAGUUACRCCAUAGUUAGAAGAAUUAUUUAUAUUUUCACAGUAUUUAAAACACCUUAUUAAUAUUAUUACAAGACUAAGUGUUCACUAACUAUAGCUAAAGUUUGACAGCAAAGAAUAAUUACAGAACAGGUUUGAAGGAUGUUAUUAAUCAAAACAAUUACAAGAAAAGGAAGUAAAAAAGCUAAUAUUUACACUAGUACAGUAGGAUCCUGUCUCCAAUAACUAAGUGUCAAACUGUUUUAAAAUAAGAAGAUCAUAUCUUUGUUUGGYUGUUUUUUGUUUGAAAAAAAAUCCUACAAGGAUUUUAUGAUUGCAAUUGCCUGUUAAUUAAGUAGAGACAGGAUCACAUUACUGUACAUUGUCAAGACUUUUAAGUACCAUUGUCGACAGAUGCCAAUCAACACUGCAUAUUAUAAUACUAUUUUAGCAAUAUUUUAUAUGCAAUUUCUUUUUUUUGCACAGAGUCUAGACAUUUCUUUUCUAUUAAUGGUUAUUGGUCAUGAUAAUCUAAMAAUCCAUUGGUUUCUCUCUGUUUGAACUUGUAAAAUUUAAUAAUUAUAAUCUAUAUUUUAGUUGUUAUCUGAUAAAACUGUUCUUUCUUUAAUUAACAUUAAAAAUAGAUAAUGGAUGGGUCUACCAUUAGAAAAGGGAUUAUAAUGGAAAUUGAUUUUUUUGCAUCUAAGAGUAAAUCUGGGCUGCCAAGUAUAUUUGUACAAUGUAUGUGUGGUUGUGGCAUGAAGGAAUUGUUCUGUUUUACCCCUCCCUCCAUCUUUUUUCUCAUGGUUGAUCCAUAAUGUAGUCAAAUAAUAGUGCGAACCCUCGCCAAUUUUACAGGUGGAAUUAUUGCUUCAAAGAAAUUAAUUAAUGACUUUGUUAGUGACCUAAAAGGAGUUUAGCAUCACCAAGCCAAAUUGASUAUUGGUUUUACUUCAAAAACAUUGUUUCUUUUAGAGAAUGUGAACUAUUUGAUCUAAAAUAUACAUGAUUUUUGAGUGUUUUCUUGUUUUCAGCCACUCAAGUGAAGUGAUCCAUAAACAUUAAAAAGAAAACAUAUUUUAAACUAGAAAGCCAUUCUAGUGCAUUUCUUUUCUUGUGAAGGAUUUUUGUCUACAAAAUAUGUAAAUUUUUAAUACGAAACUGACACCAUUUGAACAGAUUCUUGAACAUUUUUGACAUUUCUCUUCUUCGUCCACCAAAUUCUUUUGUUUUAAUCGAGAGUUUUUAUUGUGUUUUCAUUUCAAUUAAGAUACCGUGACCUACAUUCAAUUAAAUUCGAAUUUCGAAUACAUUUCACUUCCUUCUAGCGCUGUUUUAACCAUAUAAACCUUGCAUUUUUGUUGUAAAAGGGCCAUAUUUAGUUAAUUACUAAUAAAUAGAUUUAAAUUCAAGUAAAUUGGAAUUGUGAAGAAGACGUGGUAGGUGACUAGAUGAUGUUAAACAUAAAUACCAUCUUUUGGAAUAAAAUCUUUUGUGUAGCAGA